UUUUAUACAAUAAAGAUUCCCACGUGCUACUCGUAGUAGCCUUUUGAUACCGUGUAUAAAUACGUAAUUUGUUCUCAAAAAGCUGCAAAGAAAAAUGUCUCCCUUUAUUGCCAAAAUCCUGUUGAUACUCACUCUGGUGCUCAUCGGCUACAGCCUAACACGUUUGCUGCAAAAUAUUCAAAGCAAUUUCGAGCAAAACAGAUCAGCGACGAGGCAGAAUCCAGGGUAUGUGCGCCAGCAUGGCGAGUACUGGGUAUGGCAUAAUUAUAUAGUGGCGGGCGAGGUAUUGAUUGCCAAUGAAAGUGUUACGCUGGCCACACAUGGCACCUAUGCGGAUCUGAAGCUACUGCCAACGUUGCUAAUCAGAUGGCAAGCGCCCAUUAGCCUCACGAUCUAUGCGAACGGUGAGGAUAUGGAUAAAACCAUCAAGGGAUUGGCCUACAUUAAUACCUGCCUGCAGUUGGGUGUCCUUAUGCAACGCUUUGUGAGCGUUCAUUUGGUGUGGCACCAGCAGCACAUGCCUAAGAAUUUACGGCGUGGCAGCAUGGGCGUCACAGCCGAUCCCUUAAUGUGUGAUUCAGCAUCAGUAUAUUUAAAUUCGACACAAGAUCUGACCUACUGGCAUCGCAAGAAGCUGCAAUAUCCCGUGAAUCUGCUGCGGAAUGUGGCACGUCUCAAUGUCCUUACGUAUUAUGUUUUUUCCAUGGAUAUACAGCUGCUGCCCACACAUAAUUUUGCCAAAAAGUUUGUGAAUUUCGUGCUUAAUCAUGAUGUCUGGCGUUAUGCAGACAUAUCACAGCCCUACACGACGGUCUUUUGUUUGCUGACAUUCCCCCAUGUGCUGGAGGCACCUUUGGCGCAGAAUAAAUUUCAAUUGAUUAUGAUUUUGAGAGAUUUUAAUAUCACGAGUCCCGUGUACGAUGACAUCGAUGUGCAAAUGCAAUGGCUGAGCACUCAGAAUAGCAAAGAUGAUCUGUACAUCUUUAGUCGCUCGAAGAAAAUGGAUAUGUGCGUGGCUUAUGUGAGCAUCAAUGAGUUGGAGCCCCUCUACGAGGAGAGCAAUGAAAUGGAAUCGAUUUAUGAACAUGGCGCUAAUUUAAAGGGCCAGAUAUUAAUUGACUUGAAUUACACUUUUAUUAUACUGGAUGGUGCCUUUCUCAUACGGCGCAGCCUUGAUAGCUGGCAGAACUGCCAGCCCAAGGCUCAUGUAAAUGUUAGCCAAACCAGAAGCUCGCGUUCGUGGCAUAUCUGGCAUUUGUUCUACAGUAAAAUGAUAAGGUGUGUGGACAUGGCAAGCCCCCUAAACCCUACUUAAAGUAUCUUUUUAAUUACAGUUUAGUGCCAA